AGAAAAAAACAUAAAAACAAAAACAUAGGAUGCUAUUACGUAAUGUAGUGUCCAAAUUCCCAGUUCCCUACCAAACCAUCCUUUUUCUCCGCUAAUUGCUCUCUCUGGCCACACCGUCCUCCUCCUUUUUCCCUCACACCGACGCAUCUAUUCCUCUUUUAUUUUUUUUCACAAUAAAAAUCAUCCAAAAGAAACAAAAAUAUGCUAAAGCCCUGAGAUUCAUCUUCCUCACCCUUCAAAAUCCUUCCUUUUUCGUCAUACUAUUCACAAUGUCCACAUUAAAAGAGAAAAUGACAGAGAGAUUGUCCCGUUUAUUUGCUGAUUCCUCCAACUCUUCUUCUUCUUCUUCUUCUUCACCUCUUGACCAACCCCAUCAGGCCAGGCUUCAUUCUAAAGUGGGGAAAUCUUUUUCUUCAUACUUUUCAUACAUUGUCCCCUCAAUAGGCUUUGAUGGAUCUAGAUCAGACAAACAUCAAAAUGAACUCAAGCCAGUUAAAUCACUCCAUGGUGGAUAUAAAAAAAUAAAUUUUGAAUGCCAAGAUGAGCCGUUGGAUGAAUAUGUAGCAUGUAGUCCAGCUUUUCAGGAGAAGGAAGCAAAAAAUAACAAAGAAAAAGAUGACAUCAAUGGCGACCAGGCUUGUGGAGGAACCCGGGGAAGCACAAGUAGUUCUGAAGCUUAUGAAGAAGCAACUGACCAGCAAAGUCCACAGAAACCUCCACAAAAUCUUAUGGAUGACUCUGUUUUUAUUAACGCAGAAUUGUAUGAAUUCUUGCAUUCAUCCAUUCCUAAUAUUGUCAAAGGGUGCCAAUGGGUGUUGCUAUACAGUACGUUGAAACAUGGUAUAUCACUUCGCACACUUAUUCGCAAGAGUGCUGACCUCCCUGGUCCUUGUUUGCUGAUUGUUGGAGAUAUGCAAGGCGCUGUUUUUGGUGGGCUUCUGCAGUGCCCCUUGCAACCCACAGCAAAGAGAAAAUUUCAAGGAACAAACCAAACAUUUGUUUUUACAACCAUAUAUGGUGAACCAAGGUUAUUUAGACCAACUGGAGCAAACAGAUAUUAUUACUUGUGUUUGGACGAUUUGCUUGCACUUGGUGCUGGUGGUAACUUUGCUCUGUGCUUGGAUGGAGAUCUCUUAAAUGGAACCAGUGGACCUAGUGAAACAUUUGGGAAUAUGUGCUUGGCUCAUGGCCCGGAGUUUGAGUUGAAGAAUGUUGAGCUAUGGGGCUUUACACAUGCAUCACAAUACCUUGCUUGAAACCAGGAGGGCAUCUGUACUUAACAGAUUCGACACGAUCCCAUUUGAUACCAUUCUUUAUUAUUUCCAUUAAUUGUAAUUUAUACUACCUUUUGGUGUUGGAGGGCUUUGGUUUUUUAACUGCUGGUUAAGUAUAGGUUUUUGUAAUAUUGUAGCUUAUAGUAUUUAUUGUUCUUUUAGUAUUUUAUUCCUUAUUAAGGGCUUUGUAAGUGUUUGCAGUUGAUAUUUUCAUUUAAUUAUAUAGUGACUAUUCUGAUUUCUA